UUUUUCCAUGUUCCAUGGGGUGCUGCGGGGCUCAGUUCCACCCAGAGUGCUGCCUUUUCUGGCAGCUGUACUUUUCCAAAGAAAGGAGAGAAAGGAGAGUGGAUUUUAUCACUGUCGGUGGGAGAAGCACCCUUACUACAACCUAACAGUAAAAGUCCUCAGAGCAAGAAACAUCAAGGGUACAGAUCUGUUGUCAAAAGCAGACUGCUACGUGGAACUGAAACUACCCACUGCAUCUCCCCAUGUCUCCCGAACUCAGGUUGUUGACAACUCUGAUAACCCAGAGUGGAACGAAACAUUCCAGUAUCGAAUCCACAGUGCUGUCAAGAACAUUCUGGAAUUGACCCUCUACGACAAGGAUGUCCUAAUCAGUGAUGAACUCACUUCCAUUGUCUUUGAUGUAGGAGGCAUGAAGCCGGGUCAGCCCCUGCUGCGCACUUUCAAGUUGAACCCAAAGGAUAAUGAAGAAUUGGACGUAGAAUUCUACCUGGAGAAAUGCUCAGAUACUCCUACAGAGGUAUUGACCAAUGGAGUACUUGUGGUUCAUCCUUGUUUGUUGCUCCAAGGCACCCUCAACAAAGAACAAAAAAUGAAAGAGAAACAGCAAGGUAACUGUGAGGUCAAGCUGUCUGUUCCAGGGGCGUAUCAGAAGCAGUUGUGUAUUCCUUGGAGUCUGGACAAUGAGGAGGAAUGUGGAACCUCCUUUGUCUUUCAUGUGGACAAAGAAAUGCAUACAGAACUACAAGUGGAACUGGAACAAACCAUAUCUUUCCUACAGGAUGGAAUGAAUCCUGAUGUUGAAAAGCAUUCUACGGUUCUAGGACAGGGGACUGUGCCACUUAAUUCCCUUCCUAUUGGAAAAAAAGUUGAUAAAGUUGUUUCUCUGGGAGAGGAGGGAGAAAAUUUGGAUAUAAGUUUGAAAGCUGUAGAGAGCACUUGGGAUCUAGAUGUACGACUGGGUUUUGACCUCUGUAAAGAGGAGAGAGAAUUUGUGGACAAAAGGAAGAAAAGAGUUUCUGAAGCACUGAAGAAGACUCUUAACUUAAAGCAGUCCCCCCAGAGAGAUGAGGUUCCAGUUGUAGCAGUACUGGGGUCUGGAGGUGGGAUGAGAGCACUGACAUCAUUCUACGGCAGCCUAGCUGGCCUUCAGCAGCUGGGCCUUCUGGAUGCUGCAAUGUAUCUGAGCGGGAUUUCUGGCUCUACUUGGUGUUUAUCAACGUUAUAUCAAGACCCUAACUGGUCACAGAAGGACCUUCAAGGUGCAAUUAGCAGAGCUCAGAGGGCUGUGUCCAGCAGCAAAGGAGGGGCAUUUUCCCCAGAACGACUGAAAUACUAUUUCCAGGAGUUGAGUGCAAUGGAGAGUAGUGGACGGAAAGUUUCCUUCACAGACUUGUGGGGCCUUAUUGUGGAGUAUUUCUUACAACAGAAGGAAGAUCCAUCAAAGCUGUCUGAUCAGCAAGAAGCAGUGAAAUGGGCCCAGAACCCUUAUCCUAUCUAUGCAGCUGUCAAUGUGAGACCCAAUAUUAGCAGUGGUGACUUUGCAGAAUGGUGUGAGUUUACUCCCUAUGAAGUUGGGUUUCGCAAAUACGGGGCUUUUGUCCGAACGGAAGACUUUGACAGUGAGUUCUUCAUGGGAAGGCUCAUCCAGAAACAUCCAGAGCCUAGAAUUUGUUUUCUACAAGGAAUGUGGGGCAGUGCCUUUGCUGCAAGCUUAGAUGAUAUCUGCUUGAAAGUGGUUGGUAUAGGACUGAGCUUUCUAGAUCCGUUCAAAGAUGUUAUCAAAGUCAUAGAUGACUGCAGAAGAUUUCAUUUCCGAGAUCCAACACGGCUGAAGACUCGCUUGAUUGUACCUGGGGGCCCCCUGCUGCAAAUCUUCCAGGAUUUCUUCAAGUCCCGGGUCACGUGUGGGGAGACCUUCAACUUCAUGCAUGGAUUAUAUCUCCAUAAAGAUUAUGUUAAAAUCAAGGAAUUUGUGGUUUGGAGAGGCACUCAUCUGGAUGCAUUUCCCAACCAGCUGAGCCCCAUGGAGGAGAACUUAUAUCUAGUGGAUGGUGGCUUUUCUAUCAACUCUCCCUUUCCACUGGUACUUCAACCAGAGAGGGACGUGGAUGUUAUUUUGUCAUUCAAUUUUUCCUGGGAAGCUCCAUUUGAGGUUUUAGAGCUGACUCAGCAAUAUUGUGAGGAGCGGGAAAUACCUUUUCCAAAAAUCGAAGUGAGUGAGGAAGAUGAAAAGAAGCCCAAAGAAUGCUAUGUGUUUGUGGAUGAUGAUAAUCCAAAGGCUCCCAUUGUGCUCCACUUCCCAUUGGUGAAUGACACCUUCCAGAAAUACAAAAGUCCAGGAGUUAAACGUGAGUCAGAAGAUGAGAAAUCCUUUGGUGACUUUGUGAUUGAGACAAAAGAUUCUCCUUACCGUACGCUAAAUUUCACCUUUGAGCCAUAUGAUUUCAGCAGGUUAGUGGAAGUGAAUCGCUACAACGUUCUAAACAGUAGCGACACUCUCUUCAAAACCCUGAACUUGGCUCUGCAAAGGAGAAAACUGAAGAAUGUCAUCAAUACAGCCAACACAUGAGCAGCUUCCAUCGCCGAGAAUAAAGACAAGCUUCAGUGUUCAAACUGGAAACCGUCUUUUUGAAAAGAGAGUAGAGAAUGCGACGCUGAAAUUUCACUCAACGUGCUUUGCUCUUGGAAAAACCCGAGAGAUAAUGAUGUAGUACAAAGCAACAGAGCAUGUUGCUAUGUUGAACAGGAAAUAGAGAUACAUUUAUGUGGUGAAGAGUAGUUACCUAGCCCAGUUUCUCAUCUAACAGUGGCUGAUGACUAGAGAAAUCGAGGCAAAUAGUGCAAGCAUCUGGAGAUAAUCUUCAAAAUUCCACUGGUUUGUGGAUGAAGGAUUUUUUUUUUCAAAGGUGUAUGAAGAAACACAGAUUUCUUCCAUACCUUUCUUGCUUUUUGAACCUCCGUAGAGCGUUCAUUUACAUCAUCUGGCCUUGAAUUCCACUUGUUGUAACCAUGCGCUGAGAGAGAAAAAGUGUCCUUUUGCUUUCAACUUGCUACUGACUGAUGCCUAUGUAUUUGAAAGCAUAGAAAGGAAGGCUCCUAGGAAGAGUCUGAAUUAGACUUAUUUUUUUUCUUUACGCUUUCAUACCUGUGCUUGCAAUUCAGAUAGAGCUUUGCUCAGGGAAUCAAUUUGUGUUUUCAUAUUAUAGAAACGUUGUUGCCAAGGUAGGAAUUGACCUCCCUUUGCAGAAAAUAAUAUAAAGGCUUAUGAACAGAU